GCCGGCGGCGCUCGGGCCCUCCCGCGGCUCCCGGCCCUCGCUCGCGCCCGGCUGUGGAUCGGGGCGGCGGAAGAGAAGGAGGCGGAGGGAGAGGAGCAGGCGGCAGCGGGGCGCAGUGAACAAGCGCUGCGAGAAGCCAUGUCCGCGCCCGCCGGGCUGCCGCCGCGGCCCGCCGCUGCCGCCGCGUUUUCCCCGGGCGGGCCCGGCAGCUCCCUGGAGGCCGCGGCCCCGGCGAGCGGCGCGCCGCGCUGCCAGAACGGUCCUAUGCAGAGUCAGAUGCAGUUCCCCUCUGGCUGUGGCUCACAUCUUCCAAACUACAGUGCCCCGUCAGGACACUAUUCCCAAGUGCCCAGUAAAGCUGCUGCUUCGCAUCUGGAUAAUCAGUACAGAGCCAGUUACUACCCUGGUUACUAUUCAGCACCAGCACAAAAUGUUAUGACGUCUGUGGGUAGCAACGUGUUGAAUGCACAGGAGUCACAGCAAUUGUACAACAAUACUCCUCCUCAUUCAGGGGGGUCCAUUGACAGAUCUGUUCAAGGAGCAGUUUCAUCUGCGUCCUACUCGCAUGUGAGUGCUCAGCAGUCAUAUUCAGCAUUUGAUAAUCACUACAGCACUUCUGUCAGCUCUUCAGUUGCAUCUCAGGGAUUUCCCCUUAAUUCUGAUCACUACAACAUGCCCGUGGUUUCUGGUGCCAUGUAUCCUAAUGUUUCCUAUCCUUCCAUGGCUGCUGGCAGUGUCUAUGGGCAGACAUUUACCUCUCAGAGUCUACCUGCUGUUGGACAGUUCAAAGAGACAAAUGCAUUUUCUAGCCAGAGUACAUCAGUACCUCAUUCCCUUCAACAGCAUCUUCCUGUGGGAUAUAAUACAACAUUAUCAGCUGUUUCAUCUGCUCAGUCUGUGCCAGACAACCUCAGCAGGAAUCUCACUGGAUCAGUUGCUAAAGUAAACAACCAAAUAAAUACAGGUGGCAUUGAUUCUUCACAGCCUGUGCACUCUGUGAGCCAGAAUGUUCCAUUUACCAAGCCUGGAGUUGGAACAUCUGUUUCCUCUGCUACGAUGUCGUCGGUAAGGUCACCUGCUCCAAGCCUGUCUUCAAAGCCACCAUCUUCAACAUCUGUUACACAGUCACCAGAGCUGGCCCUUCAAGAAGGCAUGCAGUAUGGUGGAUAUGUUAAUAAUCAAGCUAGCUCUGCACCAGCUCCCUUGUCAUCAAGUUCAGAUGAUGAGGAAGAGGAUGAGGAGGAUGAGGAAGCAGCACUUGACAGUUCCUCUACUACAAGCAGUGCCUCUCCUGUUCCAAACAAUUAUGAUGCCCUGGAAGGAGGUGGCUAUCCAGAGACACGUUCUGUGACCAGCAGCCCAGUUCCCUCUCCAUCAGUCCUCCAAGCAUCAAAAGCUUCUAAGCCCUUUGGUUAUGGAUAUCCAGCACUACAGCCAGGCUACCAAAAUGCAACACCACCUACUCCUGUGCAGCCCAGUAAUCCAGGACACCAUCCUGGUUUUCAGCACUAUCCACAGCAAUAUCCAGGUGUGAACCAGCUGUCCUCUUCCUUAGGAGGAUUAAGUCUACAGCAUUCUCAGCAGCCAGAAAGCUUGAGACCAGUAAACCUUACACAUGAUAGAAAUAUUCUACCAGUGUCUUCAGUUCCAGCACCUGUGCCUAACUUGAAUUCUGAUCUUAGGAAAUUAAACUGCAAUCCAGACUCAUUUCGAUGUACAUUGACAAAUAUUCCACAGACACAGGCUUUGUUAAACAAAGCUAAGCUUCCUUUGGGUUUGUUGCUGCAUCCCUUCAGGGACCUAACGCAAUUACCAGUAAUAACAUCAAGCACAAUAGUGAGGUGCAGAUCCUGCAGGACUUAUAUCAACCCUUUUGUUUCCUUCAUUGAUCAAAGGCGGUGGAAAUGCAACCUGUGCUAUAGAGUUAAUGACGUUCCUGAAGAAUUUAUGUAUAAUCCUCUGACACGGUCUUAUGGAGAGCCUCAUAAACGCCCAGAGGUGCAAAAUUCUACAGUGGAAUUCAUUGCUUCUUCAGACUAUAUGCUUCGUCCUCCUCAGCCUGCGGUGUAUUUAUUUGUUUUAGAUGUGUCUCAUAAUGCAGUGGAGGCUGGAUAUUUGACAAUACUCUGCCAGUCAUUGCUGGAAAACCUGGACAAGCUGCCUGGAGAUUCAAGAACAAGGAUAGGGUUCAUAACGUUUGACAGCACUGUUCAGUUUUACAACUUGCAAGAAGGUUUAUCACAGCCUCAGAUGCUGAUUGUCUCAGAUAUUGAUGAUAUUUUUCUACCUACGCCAGAUAGUUUACUUGUAAAUCUCCAUGAAAGCAAAGAGCUGAUAAAAGAUCUUUUGAAUGCAUUACCAAAUAUGUUUACCAAUACAAGAGAAACACACAGUGCAUUGGGCCCCGCUCUUCAGGCUGCAUUUAAACUGAUGUCUCCAACGGGUGGUCGGAUCUCUGUGUUUCAAACUCAGUUACCGUCUUUGGGAGCUGGGCUUCUGCAUUCCAGAGAGGAUCCCAAUCAGAGGUCAAGCACAAAGGUGGUCCAGCAUCUUGGUCCAGCAACAGACUUUUAUAAGAAGUUGGCACUGGAUUGCUCUGGCCAACAGACUGCUGUGGAUUUAUUUCUCUUAAGUUCACAAUAUUCUGAUCUAGCUUCUCUUGCUUGCAUGUCCAAGUAUUCUGCUGGAUGCAUCUAUUACUAUCCAUCUUUCCAUCACAGCCAUAAUCCUGCUCAGGCUGAAAAGUUGCAAAAAGACUUGAAGAGAUACCUUACAAGAAAGAUUGGAUUUGAAGCAGUUAUGCGCAUAAGAUGUACAAAAGGUCUUUCAAUACACACUUUCCAUGGGAAUUUUUUUGUACGAUCCACUGACUUACUGUCCCUUGCUAAUGUCAAUCCUGAUGCUGGAUAUGCAGUACAAAUGUCCAUAGAGGAAAGUCUGACUGACACAUCUUUGGUUUGUUUUCAAACAGCUCUUUUGUAUACUUCCAGUAAAGGUGAGCGUCGAAUUCGAGUGCACACACUUUGCUUGCCUGUAGUGAGUUCCCUGUCUGAGGUAUAUGCAGGAGCAGACGUACAAGCAAUUGUGUGCCUUUUAGCAAACAUGGCUGUGGAUCGCUCAGUUUCAUCCAGCCUUGCCGAUGCAAGAGAUGCCUUAGUCAAUGCCGUGGUGGAUUCCUUGGCAGCAUACAUGUCAACUGCCUCAAAUCUGCAGCAGUCCAUGCUGAUAGCACCAAAUUCCCUCAAGCUCUUCCCACUCUAUAUUUUGGCUCUUCUCAAACAGAAAGCCUUCAGAACAGGCACAAGUACACGCUUGGAUGAUCGUGUUUAUGCAAUGUGCCAGAUGAAGAGCCAGCCUCUUGUUCAUUUGAUGAAGAUGAUACAUCCCAACUUGUACAGAAUAGACAAGCUGACUGAUGAGAGUACAAUACAUGUAAAUGACAGAGUUGUUCCUCAGCCACCCCUUCAGAAGUUGUCUGCAGAGAAGUUGACAAGAGAAGGAGCUUUUCUUAUGGAUUGCGGUUCAAUUUUUUACCUUUGGAUUGGAAAAAACUGUGAUAACAACUUUAUAAAAGAUGUUCUUGGAUACCCGAACUAUGCAUCAGUGCCACAGAAAAUGACACAGCUUCCUGAGGUGGAUGCACCUUCUUCAGAGAGGACACGAUCUUUUAUAUCUUGGCUUAGAGAUAGUAGACCUUUAAGUCCAGUUCUUCAAGUAAUAAAAGAUGAGAACCCUGCCAAAACAGAUUUUUUUCAGCAUUUAAUUGAGGAUCGGACAGAAGCAGCUUUCUCUUAUUAUGAAUUCCUACUUAAUAUUCAACAGCAGAUUUGUAAGUGACCAAGGAAUAGGUAGAAGAAAAAGCCUGUCUUCAGACAGAAGCAUGGGCCAAGAGAAGCAUAUGGGAAGUUACAGAAGUGGAUGCUUAUUCUUCACAAUAUACAGUGACCAGCAUUGUUCUGGAUGCUUUACAGCUAAAGGAGUAUACAUUUCCAAAAGAAUUUUGCAGAUUUCCUUCAGUCUAAAAGUGCUACGAGUGAUGAAGCUGUUUCACUAGUAAACUUUAAAAUUGGUUUGUACACGUUUCCAGUUGUGCAGCGGUAUGGUGCUCUGUUUAUUGCAAGCUGGUAAUUUAUGUAGCUAUGUGGGAUGAUAUUUCUUAACAAAAUGUACAAUUAGGUAAAGCCUUUUUUCUUACAUUUGUUAUAGUAGCCCUUCCAGAUCCAAAUCCUUAACAGAGAUGUCAAAGGGCAGUGAUGUAUGUUGGUUGUUUAUAUGAAUUUCUUUUUAAAAAGAAUCGUUCAUAUUUGCUAAAGACUUCAGCAAAUUCCCUGUGAAAGUUGUAGAGUUUCAGUAAAGUAAAUCAAUUGUAGAAAUAAAAUAUAUAAUGUACAUAGGUAUUACAUUUGUAAAGAAAAUGUAAAAAAUGUAACUAAAAAAAAGACCUAGCUCAUUGUGCAAAAUUGAGUGCUCGGUGAUGAUGAAUUGUUUUGUCCCAGGCUAGACAAUGAAGUUGACUAUUAAAACACGAUUUAAAAAGUAUCAAUAUAGAAGGACUACAGCUGCUGCUUCUGUUAAUUUUAGGUAAAUUUAUUUAUGAUUGGCUUACUAAUUAAAAUAUUUUGCUUUAUCACGUGGUUUUAUAUUUAUGCAACUAUAAUAAUUUUCCAGCUAAACUCUUGCCGAGCUGAAUAUUGAAGAAAACGUUUACCACCUUAUUUCACAGACCUGUGGAAGGGAGGAGGAAACACCACAUAAUCUGAAAUGGGUUUUGAUACAGAGUUCCUAAACCCCUUGUUAUGUAUUAUCCUAAAGAAGGAAUAUCUGUUAACCUUGUUUGACGUUUUGUAACUACUGUAGUCCUGGUCCAUAUUCCUGUAACUUGUAUUGUCCUCCAUUUAGAGUAAGCGUGGGUAAUCACUCACACUUGAAGAUUUGAAUUCUGCUGUGAUCUAAAGAAAAACAAGGGAUGUGAAAACUAAUUACAUUACAUCAGUGAAAGUAAAGGCUUUAAAAUGACAAAAUUCAAAAUGUAAUCACACUUGCAUAUUUCAGAAACUUUGCUCUUGCUAAUGUUUUGGUAACUCAAGGGUUUGGGCUUUUUGAUAGAUUUAUGACAGAUUUUUCAGUUUGGUUAAGUUGGGAUGGUUUUCUUUGGCUUUUUUCUUUUUUAGAGACACAAUAAAUUCAUAAAGUUUAAUUAAUUCAAUCAGUCAUACUUAGUUUCCUGAACUAUGUUUAUCUGUUUGGUUUAAUGAAAUGUGACUACAAUGAAAUAAUUAGGUACAAAAAAGUAAAUUAUGAUUAGUAUGAUUACAUUUUAAUGUAAUGUAGCCUUGAAAAUGCUAACAUUGUAUUUUAACUGCUAUAGCCCCUGAAUCAAAUAGUCAAGGAGAAAAUGUACUAGCUAUGGUUUGCAAAUGCUUUAAAAGCUACAACAGUUAAAUUGCGCAAGUAGUGUUACUCUGCAUGUUAGCACAAACUCAUUGUUUGGAGAAAAUACCUUACCUUAUAUUUGUGUGUUGUCCUUAACUACAUGUGUUUAAGUUACCCAAAGAAUUACAUAAGAGAAGCUUUCCAUUUAGUAAAUUAAUUUAUAAUGUAAUAAACAUCUGAGGCAAUGCUGAAUUGUUGUCCUGAAAUCAGACCUUCAGGAUUUCAGUGCUUGUUUGUAAAGUAAUGUGCAUUGGGUGAAAGCUAAGUGCUGCUGAAGAGUGGGGCAUGUUAAAAAUCAUUUGUAUUUGCAAAGAUGAGAAGAGCAUGUUAACAUUUCAAAUGCUCCAUGAAGAUGCUUCUGAUUGUGAGUUUGAUAUCUGGGAACAUGUUACACCGUGAUUAAUUGCAAUAUAUUCUGUAAAUCAUUUCUUUAAGUUUUAUUCAUCUAGUAUAGUUUUUGUACAUAAAAAUUAUGAAAAGUACAUCUUUAGAGCUAUUUGUUCAGUAAAAUUAUUACACAGCACAGACAAUAUAAUUACUUUUUUAUUAGUUAUAAGGCACAUCUCCAUUCUGACUGAUCUUUGGUUUAAGUUUUAAAAAGACAGUCUCAUGGAAACGUCUUGAAUUUGAAACAUCUCAGGAUUCAGGGUACUGAUUUUAGUCUUUUGAUCAAUAGAGUAUCUGUAGGCAUGACAGGAGUAUCUCUGAGAAGGACCUGGGGUCCUGGUGGGCACCGAACUGUCCAUGAGCCAGCAGUGCCCUUGUGGCCAAGAAGGCCAUUGGUAUCCUGGGUGCAUUGGGAAGAGCAUGGCCAGCUGCUCAAGGGAGGUGAUCCUGCCCCUCUGCUCAGCCUGGUGAGGCACAUCUGCAGUGCUGAGUCCAGUUCUGGGCUCCUCAGCCCCAGGGGGACAUGGAGCUCCUGGAGCAGGUCCAGCAGAGACCACGAGGGCAAUGAGGGACUGGAGCAUCUCUUAUGAGGAAAAGCUGAGGGAGCUGGGCCUGUUCAGCCUGGAGAGGAGACAACAGAGAGGGGAACUCGGUGUUUUUAAACAUCUGCAGGGAGGGAGUCAGGGGAUGGAGCCAGGCUCUGCUCAGUGAUGCCAAGCAACAGGACACGAGGCAAUGGGCAGAAACUGAUGGACAGAAAAUCCACCUGAACAUGAGGAAGAACUGCUUUACUGUGUGGGUGACUGAGCACUGGAACAGAUUGCCCAGAGAGGCUGGGGUGUCUCCCUUACUGGAGAUAAUUCAAAAGCCAUCUGGAUGCAAUCCUGUGCAACAUGCCUUGGGAUGAGCCUGCUUGAGCAGGGUAUCAGACCAGAUAAGCUCUGGUCCCUUCCAGCUCAAAGCAUUCUGUGAUUGAAAAGAAAUUUUCUCUUAAAAAGGCUCGGAUCAUGCCACUGUAGCAGAAGAUAGUGAUUAAAGAUUGAUCCCAGCAAGGGAAGUACUGUGAAGCUCAACAAGUUUGUUGCCUACAUCAGUAAGGCUUUGGAGAAGAGAUAAAAGACAUACUUUUAUAUCUGCUCAAAUGAAGUGCUGAACUGUCAAAAGUAACUCUCUAGGCACUCUAGGGAUUGAACAAGUGUCUUCUACACUGCAUAAUAUACAUCAUGUCUAUUUAAUUGGAAAUUUAAGAUUUCCCAGGGAUUUCCCUGCCCCAGCUAAAUAAGUCUUUGGGUGAUCAAUUAAAAUGUUCUGUAUUUUAAAUACUAACAGUGGGGGUCCCUUUCAUAUCUUUGUUCUACAAUGCAACAUCUUGUACUUCUUUUACCAAGGAAGUAGUAUGGAAGUUCUUGUGGGAGAAAUUAGAGCCCGUGAAGCUCUUGGAAUGGUAGGAUGCAUGAUGCUGGUCCCUGAGAAGCGUUAUUGAACUCAAUUCUUUGUUUCAUUCUUAAGCUUAUUAGAAAUAAACUAUUUAUGAAUCUUGAUGAAGAGCUUCUUAUGGCAGUGAAGGAAAGAUGACCCAGACAGGAAAUUUUGUUUUGCCUUGGCUUUCUGUGAAUUUUGUCAGCUACUGAAAAGAUAGUUUUCUCAUGGCUGGUGUUUGUAAAAAGCCAAAAGCAGUUGUUAGUAAUCCUGAGAGACAAGAACUCUUCAGUAAUUUUAACUGUGAAGUCAAGUUUUUUCACAACAGGUAGAUUUUAAGAGUUUUAUGAUGAAGUUUCAAGGUAUGGCACACAAGUGGGUAAAUGAGGAAGUCAUUACAACCUCAGUCACUGACUUCUGCACUUAGAAGUUUUGAACUGUAUUUGUCUCUGCAGGCAGGAUGUAACCCUGCAGAAAUUCAGUAGUCUAUGGGGAGCGGGGAGGUCUGAGGCUUAGCUGGCAGUGAAUUUAUGCAAUACCCCAAAUAAAUGUCUGUUACGAUGAAAAAAUACUUAAAUUAUGUUUUGUUUAAAAGCAAUUUUUUUCAUAUUUUAAUACAUGUUAAAUUUUUAUAUAGUAUUUUCUAGUAGUUUAUUCAGUUCUAAAAAAGGGUGAGAGGGUUUUCCAUACCCUAUUGCAUCUCAGAUUUUUAUAAAGGAGGUAGAAUAUAAUUGGAAUCACAGAUACUUCUGAUUUUUAGCAUACCAGGAUCUGUGAUAGACUUGUAUUGGAAAUUUUAAAAGGAAUGGGCAAACUGUAAUGAUUUAUUGAUGCAAUUUCUUUACCUCUCAGCCUCUAGAAUUAAAAAAAAAAAAGAAAACCUAUUUCUAGCAGUCUUGCAUUUCUUUACUUAAACUGAUGUUAUGUUAUAUUUAAAUUCAGGAAUCUAAAACAUGUUUUUAAACCAAAAACUUUCACAAAUAACUGGGAUUCAAAUCUCUUUUGAGAACGUUUUAUUGUUCCUCACAAGAUACUGGUGAUUCCUGUCCAUGGAAAAAUUCAAAGGCAUUUCUACCUUUUGGAGGGUAUCAAGAGAAUUCUCACAUGAUUAGCAUCACGUAAAAGAUUGUUAGAACAACAAUGACAGUUCAAGUAACUAUGUAAUAGAUCUUUCUUCAUUUCAUGCUUCAAUCGCUUGCAGGGCCUUUAAUGUCUUACCCUUUACAGUUUUGAUAAGUAGGAAAAAAUAAAUAUUACCCAGAGUUUCUUCUUACUUUCCUGUGGCAGACCUUAGCAAAAGGAGCUGCCUAAUUAGAAGUACCAGUCGGACACAGAAUUUUAGUCUGUGCACAUUUCUACAGAAGAUAAAUAGGGGAGGUGGAAAAGCUCCUGGAAAUAUUUCACUAUGUAUUAAAUUUUUUUUUUCUUAAAGGAGAAAGGAUUAAAAUGUCAUUUUCUUGCACCUA